AUGAUAUUCAUAGGCCGAGAGCAACAGAAUAUGAUAGAACUAUUGGAGGCCUUUGCGAAUCAUAAUAUUUGGGGAUUUAUGGACGCCUUAAGGGCUGGAGCAAAUGCCUUAGAAUAUGAUGAUGAGAAUUUAUGUAUCUUUGAAAAGGUUUUAGCAAAACCUCGUUGUUUAGCAUUUGUACAAAAAUGUGUGCGUUCAGGUUGUGAUCCAAAUCAUCUCAAUAAAUUCUUUAAUAAACGGGCCAUACAUUUUGCCGUCGACUCCCAAGAUCCUGGAAAUUUGAAGGAGCUUUUGUCCUCGGGAUUUAUUCUAGUCAAUGAAAAAUAUUUUAACUUAACUCCUCUUAACUGUUUGUGUAAAAACCUUAACAAUGAAAAUUACAUCAAUGUUACAAAAUGUAUAAAAAUUUUACUGCGCUAUAGGGCCUCCCCUAAUAUAGCCGAUCAAGGAAACGUGACGCCACUACAAUAUGUGAAACAAAAUCAACAACUGAAUGAUGUGCAAAAAAAUGAAAUCAUACAAAUAUUCGAAUCUCUAACCAAUGUUGGUAUGUUAGAAGAAAAAUAUUUCGCAAUGAAAUCAGUGGACCAGAAUGCGGAUCAUUUAGAAAUAUUCAAUUCCCUAAAAGAUUUCCUAUCAUAUGGUUUUAUUGAACGUUUUGUUGAAAUGUACAUUGCAUAUAUAGGUAUUCUCAGCAAUAUUGAAAAGUUACAAUUGUUAGUGGUAUCCAUAAUGGACGGUGCCCAUAGAGCAUUCGAUUUUAUAUUGGCCAGUGAUCUGGAUUAUAAUGGAAUCACAAAUUACUUUUAUACUCCGAUACAAAUAACAUGGACUAAUGGCAAUUGGUAUUGCCUGGAAAAGCUUUUACAGCAACCCCUUAUUGAAAUUCAACAUUACGAUCACCCCUUAAUAGAUACUAUACACAGAUUAAAUAAUGAUAACAUGAAUGAAUAUAGCAGCUAUUGGAAAUGUUUCGAUAUAUUAUUGGAAUCAGAACAAGUCGAUAUUAAUGAAACUGUGAUGGGUAAAUUCACUGCUCUCCAUUAUGCCGUCAAGAAUCACAAUAAUAAGGCAGUAAAACAACUUUUAAAGAGAGGAGCUUGCAUCAGUCUUGGAAAGAACUACCAUGAAGUGCCUUUAAAUGGCAUGAGGGCCUCAGUAUUGGAAGAACAUUUAGAUGACUGUAUAUCAUCCACUAAUCAUGAGUUCGAUGACAAAAACUAUGAAAUAAUAAUAGAUUAUAAGAAUUUUGUAACUUCGAAUGAAGAGAGUGUGAAACAGAUGGAUAAUUUUUUGUUACCCAUACAAUUUUUAGCUAAAUCCAUAGAACAUCAGUAUUUACUGCAUCAUCCGGUAAUAAGUACCCUCUUUUAUCUCAAAUGGUGUAGAGUCUCAAUAUUAUUUUUAUUCAAUUGUAUGUUGUACAUCACUUUUACCACCGCAAUGUUUACACAUAUUAUUAUGAAAUUCUGUGAUAUUGAUAAUGUUUUUCUCAAAGAAUUAGCUUUAGGUUAUUCCAAAAUUUGUCUUGUAGUGUUGAUCGUAAGAGAAUGUAUACAAUUCAUAACAUAUCCGCGGAUGUAUUUAAAAACAAUUUCCAAUUAUUUGGAAAUAUUUCUGAUAAUACUCUCAAUGCAAACUUUAGAUUACUUUAAUCAGGAUAUGGACUUAAUGUUGCAACGUAAUAUGGCGGUGGCUUGUAUUCUUGUUUUGGCUUGUGGUUUAUUUUUAUUGGUCGGCUCUUUCCCCUUCUCUUUCAUUUCCACACAUUUGCUAAUGUUGAAGGCUGUUUUUAAAACAUUCGUCAUGAGUUUUCUGUUGUACUCUUUUUUUAUAUUCUCAUUUACUUUGUGUUUCUACAUUCAAUACGCUAAUAAGCCUCCUAUAACUAAGGAGAAGUAUGAGGAUGAGCAGGAGGAGGAGGAGGAAGAGAAGAAGGAUGACUUCAAUAGUUUCUCUAUUCCGUUGGUGGCCUUUACUAAAACCAUUGUGAUGUUCACCGGAGAAUUCGAUGCUAGUAGUUUAAAUCUGGACUCUUUUUAUAAAUAUUGGCUGUUUCUCUCUUUUGUAUUGUUCGCCAUUAUUUUGUUCAAUCUACUCAAUGGCCUGGCGGUAAGUGACACUCAGGUAAUUAGAGAUCAAGCCGAAUUUAAUGAUAUCCUCUGUCGUAUUGAUGCUUUAUCUCGUUCUGGAAUAUAUAAUUUCCAAUUUAAGUGGUAUAAUAAAGCAUUUUCAUUUUUUACAAACUAUUUUUCAACUGACUUCACUAAACGUUGCAAAGUCUCUAAGUGGUUUAAUAAAACAUUUUCAUUAUUUACCAACUAUUUUUUACCCGACUUCACUAUCCGUGGUAAAGUCUCUAUUUUUCCCAAUAAAGGAAAUAAAGUAUUUUAUCCUAAAGUCAAGACAAAAUUGUAUGCACCGACUAUAAAGGUUAUUGGAAAUGAUAAAGAUACUAUUGUGCCUCUAACAGAUAGCUAUGAAUAUGUAAACGAUCAUGAUCAUGUGUUUUGUAGGGAUAAAGUGCAACAGGUUAUUGAUAAGAGUACGGUCACUAAAGCCAUGUCAAUUUUGGAAAAGAAAUCUACUAAGAGCAAAGAAUGUCGGAUAGAUGUUUUAGAAGAGAAACUAAAUACAAUUAUAGGAAUGUUGUCAAAUAAAACUUAG